AUGAAUUGCUCUUAUCACAUUAACAAUCAAAUCACUUUGAUAUGUAUUGCUCCACACAAGUGCUAAUAGUAAAGAAAACUCUGUACUGAAUGCUUAAAUGACCACAAAACAGAUAAAAUAAUGUCCAUUAAACAAUUUCAAGAAAUGGUUAUAUAAAAAUAAAAAGAUUGCAAUCUUGAUUAAGUAUCAGAGUUAAAAAAGUAGAAAAUGAAUUUAAUAUAAGUGUUUUCUCAAACUGAGAGAACGAUAAAAAAAAUUUGGGAGGAUUUAUUUGAAUCACUCAAAUAAAUUUACGAUCUGAUUGAAUUUUAAGAUUAAUCAUAUAUCUAAAUCAUUAACAAAAAUUUCAAUCCAACAGAAUUGUCGAACGCUGACUUAGAGAUAUUAGUACAAACUCUAGAAAGUACCAAUUUAAAUGAAUGGAAUUCUUAAAAAAAUUUGAUUUUAAUCAAGUUAGACAAGUUAAAAAAUUGGUGGGGUUAAGAAAUUAAUGCUUUUAAUAAAAAAAUAUAAAAUGAAAUGAAAGAGAUUUUGUCUUUAGAAAUUAAAUCUUAUUCUAGGAUUCAAUCCAAUGAAGAUGAGGGUGAAGUUUAUCAAAGAAACGAGAAUCUUUAUGAAAUUUUCACCUAGAUUCAAUAAAUUGAUAUCGACGAAUCAGUAUACAAAUAAAUUAUUAUUAUACUGAGUAAAGAGAAAAUUACAGAUCUCCUAGAGUUUCUUUCAAAGCCAAACAAUCCAAAGCUUUACGAACCUUUUAUUAACAAGUAAGAAAAAGUAAUGGAAGUGAAAAAGCAUAUUAAGAAGAUCAAUAAUAUUUUAAGAAAUAUUUUAGAUCAUCCUUUUAGUAAGAAUGAUUAUUCUACAGAAACCUUUAAAGAGUCAAGAUUAAAUCUAAUUAAGAAUAUAGAUGAAAAUAAGAAGAUUGUUGGUUUUCUGAAAUUUUUAGUUCAACUCACAACUAUUGACGAAAAAUUCAUUUAAGCUGGAUCAAAUGGACUAUAUUUAUUAGUAUGUAUGAAAGUAGAUCUGACCAAUUAAUGCUUUGAGAACAUCAAGAUCAAGAAUACUACUUUGAUUGGUGGAAAUUUUGUUAGAUGUAAUUUUAGCGGAUCAGAAUUAGAAAAUGUAGACAUUAGUGGAAUGAAUUUAAAUGGAGCUCUACUUUUAAAUUGCAAAUGGGAGAACAUUAAAAUCAAUGAACUAAACAAAUUUGAUGGCCAUAAAAAUGAGGUCACAUCAGUAUUCUUCGCACCUGAUGGUACUACAUUAGCAUCUGGCAGUGGGGAUAACUCUAUCCUUUUAUGGGACGUUAAGUCAGGAUUAUAAAAAGCCAAAUUGGCUGGCCAUAGUGGAACCGUCUAAUCAGUGUGCUUCUCACCAGAUGGAACUAAUUUAGCAUCUGGUAGUAGUGAUAACUCUAUCCGUUUAUGGGAUGUUAAAACCAGAAAAAAAAAAGCCAAAUUGGUAGGCCAUUAAAAGGAAGUUCGAUCAGUAUGCUUCAGUUCUGAUAGUACUACAUUAGCAUCUGGUAGUGGGGAUAACUCUAUCUGUUUAUGGGAUGUUAAGACAGGAUUAUAAAAAGCCAAAUUAAAUGGUCACACGGAUUAUGUUUUAACAGUAUGUUUCUCUCCUGAUGGUUCUACAUUAG